CUUGCGCAUGCGCAGUGAGUAGCGGGUGACGCGACAGCUCUAGCAAGGGUUUGUGUGGGCCCUGUGUGGAUAAUCCUUUACUAGUUCAUUUUUUUUGUAAGUUUCCUUCAGUUGAGUUCACAUAUAUUCUUGUUUCGUCCGUUGUACCGUGGGUUUUUGCGGCCAAGCCGAGAUGUCAUACGCCUAUCUCUUCAAAUACAUCAUCAUCGGCGAUACGGGUGUGGGGAAGUCGUGCCUGCUGCUGCAGUUCACAGACAAGCGCUUCCAGCCCGUGCACGACCUCACCAUAGGAGUCGAGUUUGGUGCACGGAUGAUCAACAUUGAUGGGAAGCAGGUGAAACUACAAAUAUGGGACACGGCGGGGCAGGAAUCGUUCCGCUCCAUCACGCGCUCCUACUACCGCGGUGCCGCCGGGGCCCUCCUGGUCUACGACAUCACCAGGAGAGACACGUUCAACCACCUGACCACAUGGCUGGAGGACGCUCGCCAGCACUCGAGCUCCAACAUGAUCAUCAUGCUCAUCGGCAACAAGAGUGACCUGGAGUCCCGACGUGACGUGAAGCGCGAGGAGGGCGAGGCGUUUGCACGCGAGCACGGCCUUGUGUUCAUGGAGACAUCCGCCAAGACUGCGGCCAACGUCGAGGAGGCCUUCAUCAACACAGCCAAAGAGAUCUACCAGAAAAUUCAAGAAGGAGUAUUUGACAUCAACAAUGAGGCGAACGGCAUUAAGAUCGGGCCCCAGCACACACCGGUGGGUUCGGCUGCUCCUGGUGCAGCAGGCAGCGCCCAGGGUGGCGUGGGCUGCUGCUAGUGCCUCCUGGGAGAGAUGACGGUAGUGGCGAUGGCGGCGGCAGCGGCGGCGAUUGCGGUGUUGGUGGUCACGCGUACGUGUGGUGCUGGAGGUGGGGAGGGGUGGGCGGAGGGUACUCCAGAGAACGAGAGACACCCACCCAACCGUGGCAGCGAUCGGGCACGAGGGGCAGCGCUUGCCCUAUUUUGCUUUGCGUGAUGUCACGGUGCGUGCGUGUGUAUGUUACGUGCGUCGUGACAAACCCGUUUCCCCCCCCCCCCCCCGUCGACCCCACGUGAACCCCGCUUCCCCCAUACACACCACACUCGAUACACCGCUGUGUAUUCUGCGAGUACUGGCUGCCCUUCCACCCACAUCCCUCCGUACAUCACUCCACAGCCCAGCUGACAUCUCCCUGCCUAAACCUUUGUCCUCUGCCUUCCAACCCCCCCUCCCCUCCCCGCCUCCCCGCCUCCCGUUAUCCUGUGACGGGUUUUUGCACUCCGGUUUGAGUUUGUGAAAAUGACAGCGCUGCGAGUGUUCUCCGUGCGGGAGAGGGGGUCACCUGCAGCUGAGCUGCCCAGGAAGUUGUCGGGUUCGGUUGGAGUCUUGAGUAGGUGGCGGUGACGCAUCUGUUUUCUUUUGGCCAUUAGACGGAAUAUUGACCACUGCUUGUUUUUUUGUUGUUGUAUUAUAUGCAGAUUAAAGACCACGAUGCUUUUCGUUAA